AUGCAUCGCUGGAUUUCACCCAUAGUGCAGCUCUCAUGCCUGCUGCACACGACCGUCCACGCACAGCAACACCAAUUCGUGGCUCACGGUGGCAGCCAGAUUCCCUUCUGGGCUCACACCGAGAGUGUCGGUGAGAUUAAUCUGGCGACGUACGAUUUCGGCGGCAUUGGCACCUACGCAAACCUGCCGUAUGAGAAUUGCUUUGUCGACAAUGACUCUUCGGAAGGCUUCGAUAUUGCCAUACUUGGGGCUCCUUUUGACACGGCAGUAACGGGACGUCCCGGGGCGCGCUUUGGGCCAAAUUAUAUCCGGGCCGCCAGUAAGCGCAGGGCAUAUGGCUACAGCAUAUAUACCGGCGUCGACCCCGUCCACGAUUGGGCACGAGUUGUCGAUUGCUUUGAUGCCCCGCUAACGUGGCUCGACAAUCGUGUUGCGCUCAAGACGCUUGAUCAGGCUCAUAAGGCCAUUUCUGGGAGGUCAACGGCUCACCCUGAGAAAUCGACAAUCCCGAGAAUCGUGACACUGGGAGGCGACCAUACGACAACUUUGUCAGCGCUGCGGUCUACGUACAAGCGAUGGGGGCAGGUGUCUGUCAUUCACUUUGACAGCCACAUUGAUACGUGGGAUCCCGAAGUUUUAGGCGGUGGUAUUUCAGAUUAUGCGAGAAUCAACCAUGGAACUUUUCUGCAUAUUGCGCAUGAAGAGAAUCUCAUUCUUAACUCAUCCAUCCACGCCGGCAUUCGCGCGCCGUUGACGCGACCCAAGGCGGAUAUGCGAAAUGACAGACGCUGCGGUUUCGACACCAUCACUGCGCGUGAAUUUGACACCAAGGGUGUUCAGUCCAUCAUUGACCAGAUUCGACAGCGCGUCGGUGAGACCAACGUUUACAUUAGUGUUGACAUUGAUGUUCUUGACCCUGCUUUUGCUCCUGCAACUGGCACUCCAGAACCAGGUGGUUGGAGCACCCGCGAGUUGAUGACCAUCUUGGCUGGGCUAGAGGGAUUGAACAUUAUUGGAGGAGACGUAGUUGAAGUGGCACCGGCAUAUGACAAUAAUGGCGAGACGACUGCACUUGCGGCUGUGGAUGUGGUUCAGGCAAUUCUUGAACUCAUGGUUGCACAGCCAGUCAAGGCGCCAACGAAAGAGUGA